AUGCAGGCUUUCGUUCCAAAGAACCGGAGGCCCAGAUUUGAGCUUGUCCUCAGGAUAAACGAUAUCAACAAUGUCCCUCUGGGCAACGGGACCGUUUGGGCGCGUUGGCGCCUACCAUCAUCUAGUGCCACAGAACACCAGGGUCAUACCGAGAAAGCGCCCCUGUCUGAUCACCGUGCUUACUGGAAUUAUGAGAAGGCCCUCCAAGUGAGGCUUACGAUUGACCGAAACUCCAUGCUCCAGGAGUGUGAGAUCAAUUUUGAGAUUAUCCAAGAGUUCCAUUCUUCUCCCGCCAAUGAGAAGAAUGCACUAGGGAAAAUCAAACUGAAUCUUGCCGAAUAUGUGGACAAGGUUGAUGAAGACGAGGGGGUUGUCAGGCGAUACUUGAUGUCGGACUGCAAAGUCAAUAGCACCGUCAAGAUUGGCAUUGCUAUGCGCCAAAUUGAAGGAGAUCGCAGUUUCACCACACCACCUCUGAAAUCUGCCACCGUCUUUGGAGGAAUCGCAAGAGUUGUACACUCGGCCGAACCGGGUGACUCAGAGGAACUCGGACAUCUUCCAUCUAUUAUCACAAAGACCCGAGAAGUGGUUGAUAUGCAAGACAUGUAUCGCCGCACCCUUGCAGCCUCAUGGACUUCUCGAGCCUGUGAUCUACCCGCAGAUAAGCUCAUUGAGGAGCUUUUCGCGGGGAGCUCCUGUUGGAACAACGAAUCCCAUAAUAUCCACGGUGACACUUACGCAGACAAUCACAAUGAUCACCUAAGCGCAGAGGCUGUGUCUCAGCAAACACCUUCUGGAAAACGACUGUCACCUAGCUUCGAGAGGCGCCACAAGAGCAUUUCGAGCAGCCAUUCACAUGGGAGUGGAAAGACACCUGAUUCACAUUCCACUCAUGGACACUCGCAGAAGGGUGGCAGCAUUGAACAGCAACUCUAUGAUGGGGCGAAAGGACGGGGAUGGAAGCAACGGCAUCCUGAACACGAACUGUGCGAGUUCGAUGUAAGAGAGGACUUGCGGAGCUGGGACAUUGCUGUAAAGGAUGAGCAAUGA